AUGCCUCUGAUGGGGCAUCGGCGCCUCGAGAUGAAGCCUUUGGCCAUCAGGCUUCUCCUCUGGGCAGUCGUUGUUGUCGCUGGUGCUUUUGUCCUCUACCUAACCAUUUCAUAUGCUGCAAUUCCGCUCCUUAUCUGGUUGUCUCCGACGCUGAAUCCGACCUUGUAUGAUCUCGGCUUUUAUGGUGGUUCACCAUCGCAGACAUAUAUCUCUAAUGGGUUGAGUUCGCCGCGAGUGAGCAUAAGCAAAUAUGACCCAAAUUGUGAUAAGGGAUAUACCUUUCUCAAUUACAAUGGAGGCUCAAUGCCUAAUCCUGGUCCGGCCAUCCUGGACAGCAACAGUGAGCUUGUUUGGAAAGGACAGAAUUUUGAUGUGACGACGAACCUGAAGGUGCAGAGUUAUAUGGGUCAGCAAUACUUGACGUUCUGGUCCGGUAAAAAGGGAGGGACUAUGGGCAAAGGCGUCUAUUACAUGCUGGAUAGCUCGUACGAGACCAAACACACAGUUGCAGCAGUUGCUCGAGGGAGCGACAUCGAAGGCGACCUGCACGAGUUCAAGAUCACCAAAGACAAUACAGCACUGUUAACAUUCUACAACAUCACCCCAGCUGACCUCUCCUCAUUGGGGAAAUGGAAGAACGGAUGGCUCACCGACAGUGGUUUCCAGGAAGUUGAUAUUGCGACUGGUGAGCUGCUCUUCGAGUGGAAAGCCUCGGAGCAUUUUCAGGUCAAUGAGACUUUCAUGACUCACCCAUUUGGCGGAUAUAUCAAAAGUAUUCCUUUCGACUUCUUCCACAUCAACAGCGUCGACAAAGACUCCAAAGGCAACUAUCUCAUCUCGUCGCGCCACACCCACACGGUCACCUGCAUCAGCCCAGUUGGCGAGAUUAUGUGGAUCCUUGGCGGCCAACGUAAUCAAUUCCAGGAUCUUUCAGGGGGCGACGCGCUCAACUUCAGGUGGCAGCACGAUGCCCGAUGGUUGGACGAACAAGAAGGGAUCCUGACGCUUUUCGACAACAAGGAGGGAGGGCCCUUGCAUGUCGACGGUCCCUACAGUCGAGCGCUAAUGCUCCAACUGGACAUCACCAACCGGACUGUAACCCUCCUGCAUUCUUAUAUUUCUCAAUAUCAAACACGGACACCUUCUCAAGGGUCGGCGCAAUACCUUCCUGACAGCAAACACAUGUUUGUGGGCUUUGGCCACUCGCCGGUUUUGAGCGAAUUUUCUCUGGACGGAACUCUGCUGUGCGAGGUCCAUUACGGUGCACCAUGGCUUCAUGUUUUCACUACUGCAGUUUCGUAUAGGGCUUACCGAUCCGCGGACUGGGUCGGUGAGCCUCGACAGCCGCCAGCCGCCACCAUCUUGGACGAUAUACUCUACGUCAGUUGGAAUGGUGCGACUGAAGUUGUGGCAUGGGUGUUGCAGGGAGGUGGCACAGGAGAGCAAGAAGAGGAAUGGACCGAUCUCGAUUUCAUUGAUAAGGAGUUCUUUGAAGAAAGCUUUGACCUAUCUCAACUAUCUCAAUAUUCCCAAUUCCGCGUGGGCGCCUUGGGCCGCGAGGGUCAGAUCUUGGGAUACUCGGAUCUCGCUCCACGGGAAAGUUCUGGGAGCUGGUGGGGCUUUCUCCUUGCUGUGUUUCUAUGGGGGUUGGCAUCCAAGAUGGCCUGGAUGGGCUACAAAUGGUUCUCACAGCACAAGGGAGCCGGUAAGAGAGGUGUUUCGUGGGUGGUUUGGAAAAAGUCGUGA